UUCUCACUUCCCUUUUUGCAUCCAUCUCUCUCAGCUUUUGCUUAGCUUUUUGUUUACUGAAACAGAAGGUUUUCCUUCUCUUUCAUCUCAACCCUCAAUUCAAUUCCAUUCUCUCUGUUUCUCAAUUUCUCACAAUCCUUCUUCGUCUUCCAAUUCACUCCUCUUUCUAUCUCUCUCUGUAUGGUUUCUUUCUCUAAUGUGACUCAGAAACCCUUCGUUUCUAAUUUCGCACCCUUCUUCUGAAUUCCCUUCGUUCUGUUUCUGGCAGAUUCUUGAUCUGCGCCAUGGAAAACGAUUUCUUUUUAAAUGCUUCAGCUAUGCACUUCGAGCCUUCUUCGUCUUCUUCUCCUUCAAUGCCCACGUGGCCAUCACUCUCUUCCUCCGCCAUGGAUAUUCCUGUUGCCUCUGAGCAACACCAGCAAGACUAUUUCUACAAUCCCGCAUGGGAAAAGUCAACCCUGGAUCUUCAUCAUCAUCAUCACGGUCUUCAGUUCGAUUCUGCGUUGAGUUCGAUGGUUUCUUCACCUGCAGCUUCCAAUUCGAACUUGUCCAGUGACAAUUUCGUCAUCAGAGAGUUGAUUGGGAAAUUGGGGAAUAUUGGGAACUCCGGCGAGAUCUCUUCUUACAUGAACGGAAAUAACAGUACCAACACUUCAUGUUAUAGCACGCCUUUGAGCUCUCCUCCUAAACUGAACAUUCCUCCUCCAUUGAUGAAUAACAACCAGUUGAUGAAAGACAAAUUACCAAUGGCUUUGAAUUCCAGUGUGGCAGAAUUCUCAGCUGAUCCUGGGUUUGCUGAGAGAGCUGCCAAGUUUUCUUGCUUUGGAAGCAGGAGUUUUAAUGGCAGAAGUUCAAGACAACUUGGGAUGAAUAAUAAUGCUGACUUCACACAGAGAUCUAGUCCAUUAGUGGAAAAUGGCAAGCUUCCUAGAGUAUUAAGUAGCCCAUCCCUGAAAGCACUUGGAUCUCAAAUGGAAAAUAAGAAUUCUCCUUUGCAUUCUCAGGAGGAAUCUACAAUCUCUGAGCAAAACCCAAAUCGGGAAUCUGGGGUCAAACUUUCCCCUCCUGAUGUGAAUUCCAGAAAGAGGAAAGCUUCUUCCAAGGGAAACCCAAAGAAACUCCUUCCUCCACCAAUCCUCCCAAGGUAAAUGAAUUCUGUCACAACUGCUGCUGAAGCUAAUGAAGAUUCAGGGCCAAAGCGCAGCAAGUCAAAUGAAGGGGAAGGACAUGAAAACGGUCAACUGAAGGCAGAAGAAGAGCCAAAAGGAGGUAACAACAAUGGUGGGGAUGAAAAACAGAGCAAGAGCAACAACUCAAAACCUCCUGAGCCUCCCAAGGACUACAUUCAUGUUAGAGCAAGAAGAGGUCAAGCUACUGAUAGCCACAGUCUUGCUGAAAGAGUAAGGAGGGAGAAAAUCAGUGAGAGAAUGAAGCUUCUGCAAGAUCUUGUACCUGGUUGCAACAAGGUCACUGGAAAAGCUCUUAUGCUUGAUGAAAUCAUAAACUAUGUACAAUCAUUGCAGCGUCAAGUUGAGUUCCUUUCUAUGAAAUUGGCCUCAGUGAACGCCAGGCUUGAUGUGAGCAUUGACAAUCUUAUCUCAAAAGAUAUAUUUCAGUCAAAUAACUCUUUGGCACACCAAGCAGCAAUAUUCCCGCUAGACUCCUCUGCCACAGCCUUUUAUGGCCCCAACCCAGCAAGCCAUAAUGCCAUCCCUAAUGGAACUGUUGCCCACUCAAUGGAAUCUUUAGAUUCUGCUCUCUGCCAAAGCCUUGGCAUCCAGUUACCCCCUCUGAAUGGUUUCAAUGAAGGUGCUUCUCAGUAUCCAAUGACUUUUUCUGAGGAAGACCUCCACACCAUUGCUCAGAUGGGGUUUGGUCAAACAGAAAAUGGAAAAACACCAACACAAUCUCCAAGCUUUAAUGGUUCAAACCAGAUACCCCAUAUGAAAGUUGAGCUUUGAUCAACAUUCAUAUGCUUGAAUUGAAGCCCAGAGGAGUAUAGGAAGACUGCUGUAAACAAGAAAAAGAAUUUAAUUCAACCAAACCCAUCAAUCAUCAUUGUUAAGCCAUAGUCGUCGUCAUCAUCAUCACCAUUAGGUCUAUUCAAUCGAAACCACCUUUUUUCAUUCUCAUGGUGUUUUCUCUUUUAUCUGAUUCUCUCUCUGAUGAUUUUGAUUUCUAAUCUUCUGGGGGCGGUUCAUUUCAUUUUUUUCCCCUUUUUGUAUAACUAUUCAUGUAAAAUCUUAGGAGCAAUUCUGUAUUCUCUGGUGCUAGUUCUUGUUAUGGCACCAAUUGUAAGAUAUAGUGCUAAUUAAAGAAAGAGUUCUUUUUCCCCGCU